UGGAGUUUGUUUUGCUUUGCCUUUCAGCUCCUGCAGACCUGCAGUUUUAUCGGAACGUUUUCUGGCUCUUUCAGAUCUCGUCUCGACUUCGUUAGUCACUUGAUCGCAGACAUUUUAAAAUCUGCAGCUGAUGACUUCCUGACAUGUCACUGACCUUUGCAACCUGAACCCCACUUGACCUCUUGACUCGAGUCACCACCCGCUGUGUGAGACGUGUAGUUCAGUGAAAAAAGGAAGAAAAACUCUCCUUUCCUUUUUUGUCCACCAUAGCUGCCUGCAGAUCUCCUGGAGGCCCGCGGAGGUCGCUCUGCUCUCCGCCGCCUCUCCUCUGGCUCUCCGCUACGACUCUCCCCUCCACUCCCCUCAUCUUCCCCUCAGAUAUACUACAGCAGCACAGAGAGGGAGAGAAAAAAAUCAGAUCAAGCUUUUCCGGUCUGCUAGCCCUAAUUUCCUCUCAAGACCUCUGGCGUUGGAGCGGCGGGGACGCGCAGGCAGAGAGAGAGGGAGAGGACCAAGGCGAGGAGCAGCGAGGAGAAACUGGGGCAAUUAACGCGUACCACCACAACCCCGCACGCCUUUGUACUGUUACUCUGCGUAGGAUAAUGCAUCCUGUCGGUGGCGUAGUGUGCUCGGAGAGGGGGAGUGUGUGAAGGGGAGAGCAGAAUGGUUCGGCGGAUGGGAGCGCACACAGUUCUCGCCGCGGCCGCUCCGUGCUCUCCCGACCACGCGUCUCUCCUCCGUGUCCGUGAAGCCGCCACAGAGCGUCCGCCGAUGCCCGUCCUCCUCUCCGCCGCCCUGCUGCACCCACCUCCGGGUAUUUGUCCGAGUCGUCAUUACAUAACUCGGCGUCUUCGUCGCUCGCACUGACUUUCAUUCUCCCGGAGCCAGGAGUGAGUGAGCGAGCGGCGGAUAACCACGUCUUGUUCACCGCCCCAGCAGCAGCAGCAGCAGGCGACGCGGCGGCGGCGGUGGCGGCAGUCCAAGCGGGAUUGAACCCCGGACUGUGCUGCCUUUUGCUGUCGUGGACUAAAGGGACUAGGAGGAGGACGCAUAGAGGGUGGAAACCUGAGAGUCCAGCGGUGAUGAGAACUCACCCCGAGUGGAUUUCGCUGGUGUGCUGCCAGAAGCAUCUGGAAAGGAUAACACGGGGAUACACUCCCCCUUCAGAGGACCAGAGGAUAAUUCACAUCUCAGACAUUUCAGUGUUUCAGCUCUGUGGCUGCUGAGCGAUGUCUUUUAGCUUCUGUUUUAAUGUGAAUUUGGUUUAAUCACACUGGCUCUCACAGCCCCUGCCUCUCCUCAGUGGCACAGUUUGGGUUCAUAACCAGAUUUGCUCCUGGCAUCAGUGUGUUUGGACAUGUUAGGAUGGCCGUGGCCCACGGUGCACGCAGUAGCUGAUUAAAGGACAAGCAUCAUCCUGAAGAAACCACAACAGAUUAGUAAUCCUGUGAGGUUUCCUCGUAGCUAUGCAGUGAAGAUGUGUGCAGCCAGGUUUAGUGGCUGCCUCAAUGGCUGUGCAGAGGAGGCCUCUGCCGCCGCCGCAGCCGGUGGUGGAGUUGGUGCAGCAGGGGCUGCUGGUCCGGUCAUGGCCUCCAGGAUGCUGGACUGGACAGAGGCAGGUCCCCGCAUCCUCCACAGCCUGGAGAUGGGCACGGUGAUGACCGUCUUCUACCAGAAGAAGUCCCAGCGGCCCGAGAGGAGAACGUUCCAGAUCAGGCAGGACACACGGCAGAUAGUGUGGAGCCGAAACCCGGACAAGAUCGAAGGAGAGAUCGACAUACGAGAGAUCCGGGAGCUGCGGUUGGGGAAGGGCUCCCGUGAUUUUGAGCGCUACCCGGAGGAAGCUCGUAAACUGGAUUCUGCCCACUGCUUCAUCGUGCUCUACGGCCUGGAGUUUCGCCUCAGGACGCUCAGUGUGGCUGCCUUCAGUGAAGAGGAGGUCAACAUGUGGAUCACCGGUCUCAACUGGCUGAUGGUCGACACCCAGAGAGCGCCGGCACCACAGCAGAUAGACAGGUGGCUGAGGAAACAGUUUGAGGUCAUGGACAGGAACCACGAGGGCAGUAUCACAGUGAAGGACGUGAAAGCUCUGCUGCCUCAGAUCAACUACCGAGUCCCCAACAUGCGUUUUCUCAAAGACAAACUCCAGGAGGUGGAGGCCAGGAGCGACCUGUCCUACCCCAACUUUGCACAGCUCUACCGAACACUGAUGUUUGACGCUCAGAGGAGUAUUAUUGAGCAGCUGGAGCUCUCCUUCCCUCUGCGGAACGUUGACCGACCGGAGCUUUGUCAGAUCUCCCUCUACGACUUCCAGAAGUUUUUACAGAUGGACCAGAAGGAGUCCUGGGCGUCGGAGCUGAGUCGUGUCAGGGAGUUUCUCAUGGGGUACGUGAGGGGAGGGCCGCAGCCUGAGCCCAUGCUGCAGCUGGACGAGUUCCUGACCUUCCUGUUCUCUAAAGAGAACUCCAUAUGCGACCCUCGACUCUCGCCUGUCGUUCAUGACGACAUGAAAAGGCCGCUGUCUCAGUACUGGAUCUCCUCCUCACACAACACUUACCUGACAGGUGACCAGUUCUCCAGUGAAUCAUCUUUAGAGGCGUACGCCCGCUGCCUGAGGAUGGGCUGCCGCUGCAUCGAACUGGACUGCUGGGACGGACCUGACGACCUGCCAAUCAUCUAUCACGGCCACACUUUAACCUCCAAGAUCAAAUUCCUGGACGUGCUGCACACCAUCAAAGAACACGCCUUCGUCACAUCUGAGUAUCCUGUGAUCCUGUCCAUCGAGGACCACUGCAGCGUGGUCCAGCAGAGGAACAUGGCCACACACUUUAAGAAGGUGUUUGGAGAUCUGCUGCUCACCAAGCCGGUCGAUAACAACGCAGAGGAGCUUCCCUCGCCGUACCAGCUCCGCAGGAAGAUCCUCAUCAAGCACAAAAAGCUGGUGGAGGGAACUCUGUAUGAAGAGGUGACGUCUGCCAGCUACUCUGAAAAUGACAUCAGCAACUCGCUGAAGAACGGCAUCCUGUACCUCGAAGACCCCAUCGACCACACAUGGACUCCUCAUUAUUUCGUCCUGACCAGUAAUAAGAUCUACUACUCAGAGGAGACGUCUCACUACCAGACGGCUGAUGAAGAGGAGGACGACGAAGGGAAAGAGGAGUGUAACAACAACGAGCAGCACUGCGCCGAGCGCUGGUUCCACGGGAAGCUGGGCGGAGGCAGAGACGGCCGACAGGUGGCCGAGAAGCUGCUGCAGGAGUACUGCGAGGGCGGGGCCAAAGACGGCACCUUCCUGGUCCGAGAGAGCGAGACGUUUGUCGGAGACUACACCCUCUCCUUCUGGCGCUCCGGUCGAGUCCAGCACUGCAGGAUUCAUUCACGUCAGGAGUCCGGCUCCACCCGCUUCUACCUGACCGACAACCUGGUGUUCGACAGCCUGUACCGCCUCAUCUGCCACUACAGAGACACGCCACUGCGCUGCAACGAGUUCGAGAUGAGGCUGGGCAGCCCCGUCCCUCAGCCCAACGCACACGAGAGCAGAGAGUGGUACCACUCCAGUCUGUCCCGUGUUCAGGCUGAACACAUGCUGAUGCGAGUUCCCAGAGACGGAGCUUUCCUGGUGAGAAAACGAAGCGAACACAACUCCUACGCCAUCUCCUUCAGGGCGGAGGGUAAGAUCAAACACUGUCGUAUCCAGCAGGAGGGUCGUCUCUUCAUGCUCGGCAGCUCAGCAGAGUUUGAGUCUCUGGUGGAUCUGGUGAGCUACUACGAGAAACAUCCUCUGUACCGCAAGAUGAGGCUCCGCUACCCGAUCAACGAGGACACUCUGGACCGGAUGGGCACCACGGAGCUGGACUAUGGUGCGCUGUAUGAAGUCCGCACUCCUCAUUUCUACGUGGAGGCCAAUAAGAUGCCCACAGCGCGGUGUACGGUCAAAGCUCUGUACGACUACCGGGCUCAGAGAGAAGACGAGCUGUGUUUCCCCAAACAGGCGCUCAUCCUCAACGUGGACAAGCAGGAAGGCGGCUGGUGGCGAGGCGACUACGGCGGGAAGAAGCAGCUGUGGUUUCCUGCGAACUACGUGGAGGAGGUGCCCAGUUCUCCCACCAGAGAGCUGGACGAAGCGUCCACAGAGAACAGUCCUCUGGGUACGUUCCUCAAGGGCUUCAUCGACGUACCAACCUGCCACGUUGUGGUUCAUAAAGACGGGAAGAACUCGCGGCCGUACGUCUUCACCAUCCACUCCCAGCACCUCUCCUCUCACCCGGUUCAGACUCUGGACGUGGCAGCAGACAGCCUGGAGGACCUGACCACCUGGGUCGGCAAGAUCAGAGAGGCGGCUCAGAACGCUGAUGCUCGGAUGCAGGAGGAGAAACAGAUGGAGAGGAGGAAGAAGAUCGCGGUGGAGUUGUCGGAGCUCGUGGUUUACUGCAGACCCGUCCCCUUCAAUGAAGACAAGAUUGGGACGGAGAGGGCGUGUUAUCGGGACAUGUCGUCCUUCCCGGAGACGAAGGCGGAGAAGUUUGCGACGCGCAGCAGAGGGAAGCGUUUCCUGCAGUACAACCGCCGCCAGCUCUCCAGAGUUUACCCCCGAGGACAGAGGCUGGACUCGUCCAACUACGACCCGCUGCCCAUGUGGCUCUGCGGCUCCCAGCUGGUCGCACUCAACUUCCAGACCCCAGAUAAACCCAUGCAGCUGAACCAGGCCUUGUUCAUGCUCGGAGGAGGCAGCGGCUACGUCCCCCAGCCCGACGUCAUGAGGGACGACACCUUUGACCCUUUCGACAAGGACACGCUGCACGUGGAGCCGAUCACCAUCCAGUUACAGGUGCUGGGAGCUCGACACCUGCCUAAAAAUGGCCGCAGCAUCGUCUGUCCCUUCGUGGAGGUGGAGAUCUGCGGAGCUGAUUACGACAGCUGCAAGUGCAAGACAGACGUCGUAGCUGAUAACGGCCUGAACCCUGUGUGGGUGCAGAAGCAGUUUGUGUUCGACAUCCACAACCCCACCUUCGCCUUCCUGCGCUUCACCGUCUACGAGGAGGACAUGUUCAGCGACCCCAACUUCCUGGCACAGGCGACCUAUCCCGUCCGCCUGCUCCGAACAGGCUACAGGAGUGUAACUCUGAAGAACAGCUACAGUGAGGAGCUGGAGUUGGCGUCACUUCUGGUCCACAUUGAGAUCGUCAAUGCAAAGGAGGAAGACGACGAGAACCUGUACACGUCCAUCCAGCUGCUGCGGGAUCGAACCAGCGAGCUGUCCAACCAGGUGUCCCUCCUGGAGAGGUCGGGCUCAGCGGACCUCAGCUACCAGCAGAGUCUGGAGGAGCUCCGAGCGGCCCAGGAUCAGCUGAGCGAGCUGGUGGAGGCUCGAAACCGCAGGCUGAUGGAGAAGAAGAGGAGGGAGAAGCUGAGGCAGCAGGUGGCAGCAAAGCGCAGUUAAUCCUCCUGUCCACCAGAGAGCACUAAGCUCCACCACAAAACGGUGCCUGACGCUCGCUGCCACCCGUGCUGUGAAGUGCCGGCCUGAGAGGACAAACAGGCGAUCGACAGCAGCGACAUGCAAUCCAUUUAUAAACUGAGGAAAUAAACAUGUUCCUUCACAAUAAAAUGUGAGAUUUUCUUGCACCGUGCUGCGCUAACAGCGGAGGAGGAAGUGACGGUCGACAACAACAAACAGAAGCAUCUCAUGGACUAAAAGAAACUCACAAAACUAAGCUAUAAAAACAAUCAUGGACUUCAGGCUGAAACACAAUGAGAGCGAACAGGAGAGGGAAGGAAACAGCACAGAUAGGACAGGUGAAAGGUGAAGGGGCAGCGUUCUCUCACAGAGAGAAAAAUAAUUAGCAACAAUUUUUAUUACUGACCCCUGCUAUUCACUUGUUAAAAUUUGAGUGAUUAGAACUGCAGCAUUUCGCCAAUCAGUUAUUUUUUAAGCAAAAAUGCCAACAGACUGAUACCUGUACCUGAUUUAAAUAUGGCUGCCAUCCCUUUUGAAGUAGUCUUGUUGUGUAGCAAUACACCGCUCCUGGCGCUCCUGCUGUUUUUGGUCAAACACCCCCAGGACUGAAGAAUAAAUACAUGAGCGUGCCGCGGCUUCUUUGGUCUUGGAGGCUGCUGUUUAGUCUCUGGGUCGUGGUUGUAGCCGUAGGCCUGUUGAUGGAGAUCUUUGCAGACUUCUGACACCUGCAAGAGGCCACAACAAAUGAGCGUUAACACAGGUCCUGAUGUUACUUGUGCAGGGUUUUUAUUAUACCAGACAUUUAUCACUUUUCCCUUUUAUGGACCAAACAAUCAGCAGAUUCAUCGAUGAUAUAAAUAAUCAUUUGUUGCAGUUCUAAUCACAGAGAACGUCACCUGAUUGUCAUAAAUGUGCUGCGGGCCAAUUGCCACCACAACUAAAAGUCAAAAAUAAAUAUUAGAAAUUUACAACAAGUCAAUACUGGGCUGUGAUUGGUCUGAAUUUAAAAGUUUAGGAAAAUGAAAAUGGCGUUGAUGUUGGUACAAAAUGCUACAAAACUAAUAAAAACGUAAACUGUGCUGUUGGAAAAUAAGCCCUGAGCUCAACACAUUUGCUCUUCCUGUGUUUCAGACUUUAGUGAGAAAAAAAACAGGAUAAAAGGGAGAAGAAAACUCAGGUUACACAAAUGGAAGGAGAGAAAAAAAAAACAAAACCUCUUGAUACGUGGAUGGAAAAAGGGAGUGGUGGGCACACGUAGCAAAAAGGAAAUAUCAUGUAUGUGCCUUUGAUGUUGCGCUUUGUAGAGUUACUCGAAUGUUUCAGAGAGUAUAAGACUGACUGCUUUCUCUACAACUGGAAUAGUGGCCCUUUAAGGGAAAACUACUAACAAACUGGAGGAGGAAUCCACUCAUCUGGCUCGGACCACUACUCAUGAAAUGGGUUUAAAGGGAUUUAAAGACUGGAGUCUGUUCCUCCUAAUCAAGACCAAGUCUUUUUAUUUGGGUGAUCACAUGAACUCUGUCCCCCCAGGUGGCAGUGUUUGGGGGGAGGGUGGAGGUGGAGUUGGAGGGCGCUCCUGUCACAGACCUUCCCGUCCUACCUGGCCUGGGAGAGCACAAACUGGACGAACCAAACUGCACCGAGAAGGUCUUUUAAUACUUCUUCAAAAAGGGCUCUAAAUAAAUCUAUACUACCUUCAAAGAGGCACGAGAACAGUGAGCAAGGAGGGGGAGGGGGGCGUCCCCCGGAUGUCACCUGCACAGGGACUGAGGUGUGUCCACUUUGACUGGACACACACACACACACGACAACAAACAAGGGCUAAUCACAGAAAAAAAAAGAAAAAAAAAACUAGCAAAGCACUCUUUUUAACCUGCUGGCUCGGAUUUCACACCUCACAUCUGAACCACAGGACCAGGACCAGCUCCCAUCAUCUGGCUCUAAUCAACAAAUGUGGUUCAACUGGUCCUGGAUCUGCCAAAAAAGAAAAGAAAAAAAAAAGCAGCUUUGAUUCGACCCCACAGCAUGGCUUCAUAUCUAAUAACACCCCCUCCCUUCCUCCCUCCCUUCUGUAGCUACUUCACCUUCCCAUCACCCCCUCCCCCGUCUAAUUUCUUAUUGUAUAUAUCUUCUUUUAUUUAUCAGACAGGUGUCGAUCCUGUUUUAAUAGAUGAAAGAACACACUAGAAGAAUGAUAAUGGACUUCAGAUUGAAGAUACUGUAACUUUAUGUAGAAAUUAAUAUUGUGUGCUUGGAGCUCCCUUUAAAUGUCCCCAUAGACACAAACCUAUCUCUUUCUUCCUACGCUGCAGUUGCACCAGGUAGGGACUUCUAUGCAAAGGUCGUCUUCUUUGGCCUAUAGCCAUUGUGUAUUAGGCAAUUUGACUCAAGUUGUGUUUUUUCUCUGUAUCUAUGCUAACUGUCCAGUAUUAUUACUCUGCAUUACGAAUCCUGUGCAAGUUUCCAUUUAAUAAAGCUCUUUCAUGUA